AUGAUAAUCACCUCGCUGCUGGCGGCGGUGGCCGUCGCUAUCUCUCGCGCGCCACCUCCGAGGCUCUCCGAGACUGCUGCUGCUGCACCGCGCUACGCCAUUGGCGUCGACGUGGGAACUGGCUCGGCCCGUGCGGGCGUCGUCGACGUCCGGGACGGCACGCUCCUCGGCGUCCACAAGCAGGACAUAACCAUGUGGAACCCGCUGCCGGAGCACUACGAGCAGUCGUCCGAGGAUAUUUGGGCCGCCGUGUGCAACUGCGUCCGUGGCGCGCUCUCCGCCGCCGGCGCCACCGCCGACGAGGUGUGCGGCGUCGCAUUUGACGCCACGUGCUCCCUCGUGCUGCUCGACUCGGAGGGUGCGCCGGUGGGCAUCGACCCAACGGUGCCCGACGAGGCGCGGCGCAACGUGAUCGUGUGGAUGGACCACCGCAGCGAGGAGCAGGCCGCCCGCAUCAACCGCGGCGGCCACGCGAGGCUAGCGAACGUGGGCGGCGCAGUAUCGCCGGAGAUGGAGGUGCCAAAGCUACUCUGGCUGCGGGACGAGAUGCCGCACGCCUUCCACGCGGCGGCGACCGCCGAGGGGGGCGGCAAGGCGCUUGACCUCGCCGACUUCCUCGCCUACGCCGCCACCGACGGCUCGCAGCACGCCCGCUCCCUCUGCACGGUUGUAUGCAAGUGGAACUACGACGCUUCGCCAGCCGGCGGCGGACCAGAGGUGGCCCGAGCCCCUCUCUGCGCCACAGGAUGGGACCGCAGCUUCUUCGAGUCGGUCGGCCGUCCUCUAGGCGAGGGAGACCUGCCCGAGGCGGCCAUCGGGAAGGAUGUCCUGCCGCCUGGCGCCGCCCUCGGCGGCGGCGUCGGCCCCUCUGCAGCGGAGGCGCUCGGCCUCCGGCCAGGCACGCCGGUCGGGGUGGGCAUGAUCGACGCGCACGCGGGCGGGGUGGGCAGCCUCGGCGCCGCGUUGCCGCGGGAGGCGGGAGGCGGCGAGGGAGGCACCUCUACGUGCCACAUGGCCUCCUCGCACGAGCCCGUCUUCGUGCGCGGCGUGUGGGGCCCCUAUUACGGCGCCAUGUUCCCGUCCUUCAACUUGAAUGAGGGCGGCCAGUCCGCCGCCGGCGCAUUCCUCGACUUCGUCAUCGCGUCGCACCCCGCCGGCGCCGCCGCGAUCGCCGCUGCCGACGCCGCCGGCGAGCCCGUCGCCGCCCGCCUCAACAGGCGCCGCGGGCUCGCGGCUGCGCGGCGUGUGCCUCUUCCGACCCUCGCCUCGGACGUGCACGUGACCCCCGACGUCAACGGCAACCGCUCGCCUCUCGCCGACCCGGCGAUGCGCGCGCCGCAUCUCGCCCUCCGCAGUCGGCCUGACGAGCUCGCCGUAGUCUACCUCGCCGCCGUCCAGUCGCUCGCCUACCAGACGCGCCAGAUUGUCGAGGCGAUGCAGGCGGCGGGGCACCCGACGAUCGGGCGAGUCUUCGUCUGCGGCGGCCUGAGCAAGAACCCGCUCUACGUGUCCUCGCACGCCGACGCGCUGCGACUGCCGCUCCACAUCCCGACCAAUGACGAGGCGGUGCUGCUCGGCGCGGCCGUCCUCGCCGCCACCGCCGGAGGCGCGCACGCGUCGGUCAGCGAGGCGGCGGCGGCGAUGACGUCGGUCGGGCGGACGGUGCGGCCGGCGGAGGAGGGGGAGGUGGCCGCCUACCACGCUCGCAAGUACGCCGUCUUCCUCAAGAUGACGGAGGACCAGCGCGAGUACCGCGAGAUGAUGGCGUCGUGA